AUGAACCUGCGACGACUUGACGUUGUUUCCAAGAUGAGUGGCACGAUGACUAUCCGGACGAUGUCGAAGUACACAAGAGCUUAUGCCCCCAAGGUCAGAACAGGUUGUCUGACAUGGGUUCGCCACGUGAAAUGUGACGAGGCCAAGCCGACUUGCAAGAAAUGUGAGUCUACUAGAACCCAUUAUUUGACAUGUCGGUACCAACCAGAAACAGGCCAGGACAGCAAAGUCGUAUGCGACGGCUAUCUUGCAACGGAAACUAAGCAAGUCCCACAAAAGAAGUCACGAAAGACGCGCGCGCCCUUGAAGAACGAGAUGUUACGUCUCGUACCUUUACCUCGUGUAUGCCUCGAUCCUGAUACCCUACGGGAUCUCACAGACCGAGCCUUCUUUCACCACUUUCGAACAUUCACCGUCCCGGAUCUUGCACUGCCGCCCAACUCCACUUGUUUCUGGGACCGGCACGUUCUGCCCUUGGGCAAUGCUAUCCCGGCUGUAAGAUAUGCCGCCACAGCUCUCGGUGUCGCUCAUCGAUCAUUCUUACUGGGCUCUUCUGACCCUUCGGCACAUGACACAAAAGCAUGGCUGGAAACUAUUGCUGUUCAGCAGUAUAACAAAGCCAUCGGCCAUCUCCUCCCAAAUUCAACCUCAUGUGGGGUGAUGGACGUUCGAACAGUUGUGGUCUGUUCUCUGUUAUUCUACUGCCUCGAGAACAUCAAAGGUCGUGCAGAUGAAUCCAUACAGCACUUAAGAUCUGGUUCGAGGCUAAUUCUUUCUCGUCCUCCUCAUCCCUUGGCCGAGACUGGAAAGGCAGGCGCCAGUAUGGACGAUUCCAUGGGGGAGAUCGCUAGUCUUUUUGCCCGCAUUGGCGUUCAAGCGUCUCUGUACAAAGAAGACGAGGUGGUGCCGGAUCUCAGGGCCUAUAUGAAGCCCGUCACUAGUGACCCGGAUAAUCCAUCGCAACCUUUUCGCGAUUUCACUGUCGCCCGAGACUUGCUUGACAAUCUCGAUAUCGAUCUUGGGACAUACACCAAUAGGGCAUUCGUCCUAGCUAAGACCUACAAGGAUACCAUCCUCUCAGAAGUAAGCUCUGAACUACCGAUCUAUUUUAACGGAUUCGACCCAGGAGCUGCCGUUCCACGCAACAACGCCACUUAUGGCCCGUCAUAUGCCGAUGGCGUCGACAUAGACCCCGUCGUCGGCAGAUUCAGGAUCUGGAGACGGAGAUUCGAUAAGACGGUCCAGCAAGCCGAGAAGAGAGGAGCCACAAAGCGCGAAUUUCAAAGGAUGGCGAUGCUCGAACUGCGGCGGCGCGUAUGGGAAACUCUGCUCCAAGAGGUUCCUAGCGGAUCACCCGAGCAAGCUGACAGGAUCCUCGACCAAGCUGAGCUUGUCCUACGGUCCUUCUCGAAACAUCCCACCUUCACCCUCGGGAGCGACAUCUCGCCAUCCGUGUCAUUUAUCUGCUUUUAUAGCAAUGAUGAGAGACACAGAACACGGGCACUAGAUAUUCUCCGAUCAGUACAUAUACGUGAGGCAGUUUGGGACAGUGGUAGUAUGGUCAAGAGAAUUGAGCUACAAUCAUAA